AUGUCGUCGUCACCACGCCACCCUUGCUUCGGCGCCCUACCGGAGCGCCUCGGCUACGUGCAGUGCAACUUCUGCGCCACCAUCCUGCUGGUGGGCGUGCCGUGCGGCGGAAGCCUGCAGCUGCUGAAGACGGUGGCCGUGCAGUGCGGCAGCUGCUGCGGCAUCCUCUCCGUCGCGCUGCCGCCCCCGGCGCUGGCGUCCGUCGAGCUGCCCCUGCAGGAGGCCGACGUUGAUCCGCCGCCCAGGGACUCUGACGAGAGCAGCGGAGAGGACAGGGAGACGGAGGCUACUGUUGCUGAGCACCAUGCCUUCCCUGCGGUUAACAAACCUCCAGUUAGGAAGCAACGGACGCCGUCAGCCUACAAUUGCUUCAUCAAGGAGGAGAUACAGAGGAUUAAGGAGAGACAUCCCAGCAUCACCCACAAGGAGGCCUUCAGCGCCGCUUCAAAAAAUUGGGCUCACUUACCUAGGAUCCAGAAGAAGGGAGAGUGA